AUGAACAGCUUACUGUAUGAUGGCAGCAUCGUCUCAGGCCUUUCACUGCACAGGUUCGGCUUCAUUAAUCCGGGAGGCUACACGUUUGAGCUGCUUCCUCACACGGGACGGUUCAUCCUUGUGGGAGUACCAUUUCACCGCAGGGUUCUCAGCCUAUGUAACCUGAAGCCCUCAACAUUGGGCCUGCUGUUCACUGGAACGGGCUUGCGAGAUGGGUCUCUAGGCAUGCAUCGUUUUGAUCAGAUUUGCAGUAGGCUUGAGGACUACGUUAAGACGAACCCAAACAACCUCUACUGGGGCUUCCCCACUGUGUCUGUGAGGACAAUACCUGUGGCUAUCCGAGUACCCGAAAGGAGUACCGAUACUACCACCCCCGUGCUGCCCAUCGCCUCUGAGUCGGCCGAGGCGUUCACUCAGAAGGUGUUCACGGAACCAUUGGCUUUGUAUCCAGACGGGCCCGUCAACUACAGCGAGGCGCACACUGAUUUUCUUGAGCCUGUCGUGUUCUUCACCAACCCCGUCGAGCAUGAGGAUGAUGCUAUCGGCGAAGACGUCGUCCCGCCAACAUAUGUCGAAGAAGUCGCAGCGCCGGUAAUCGUUGGCCGUGAGGCGCCUGUUGUCGAAGCUGCCGCUCAAGCCGUGGCCGAAACUGCCACGAAUGACGGCUUCCACACCAUGACUGAGACGCAGAACAGCGUCGAAGUUGUACAUCCCGUCGUUGAUGAUGAGCACAUUGGCGUUAUUGCAGGACCUGAGAUGGCGGUGGACGGGCUGUCUGCGAACGUGCCUACCGAGAGCGUUUACGACGGCGUAGACGACAAAGCCUAUUACAUCGGCUACGAUGCAGGACUGGAUUUUGAUGACGCAAAUCCCGGGUACUAUCAAUAUGUCGCUGAACCCAUAGUACACGUCACCGAACAGAUGCUAUCAUUCCCCGGCCCAUCGCUCUAGUUAUAUGACAAUGAAUUCCGAAUGGGCGCCCCGGAUGCAGUUAGGUUAUUCUCGCUAGGGGGCUCCGAUAUGGUAUUGUAGUUUGUAAGAAACGUAGAAGGGCCUUAUAAGUUCCAUGACGACCGUUAUUACGGCCACAUCUAUAUCUUGCUAGAAAAUUUAUUGUAUACACCGCUUGGACCUCUUCUGCUUUGAUAAUUAACAAGAAAAUUAGAUUCCAGUCAGCACGAUGGUAGACCAUGCUUAUGUGAUAAGUACAAGGUUCAGCUAACCAAUUAAGAAAAAGAAAACGUGUUUCCUGUCAGACCUGCCUCUUUUCCUAUGAAUUUUAGGUACAGACGUUCGUAAAUACUGCCAACAACGACGACAAUAUUUGUGAAAGAUGAGAAAUAAACACAGUAUGGC